AUGCCAGCGAGCAUCGCCGAUGAAAAUCGAGAUCUCUCCACCGUCAAACCUACAGAAGGCCUUCUGUAUGGCCAGCCCGCCGCUCGGCCCGUGGCCGCCUGGUGGAGCCUUUGGCGGUCGCGCCCACAGGAGACACCUGGCCCUGUUUCUCGCCCGGGGCUUCAUCGCCGCUUCCCACAAGACCCCGCAGGGCCGAAGAUCGUUGGCUUAGUCCCUCCGCAUCGCCGCAGUCGCUUGCCUUCGCGAUGCUCGAAUUCAUCGACAAAUCUCCCCACGGGGGGGACAGGUCGAGAUGCGACGGCCGCAGAGGCAAGUAGAGAGACGACGCAUGGAGCCGAAAGACAAAGGAACGAAAGACACUUCCGUGUUCAGAGUUCCUCUGCCUCCGAGACGGCAUUCAGUGAAGCGCAAACCGGAAAGAGUGCGGAGAGACGUGUCUCCUUGUCUCCACAUCUCGCGGCAAUUUUGCCUCGGGACGAAGAAAAACAGGCAAGGAAACAGUCGUGGCUCAAAUAUGUGCCCCUCUGGCCGCCGUGGAAGGCACGCUACACCAAUCGCUCUCUGGAAGAGAAGCUGGUCUGCGUCCCCGUGUACGUCGUAGUGAAUCGCUUCGGCGCGCCUUUCCUCUCGCCGCCCUCUCCGGCUCUCCUCGCGGAACUGCAAAGGCAGAAGCGAGAAGGCAGAGAGUUCUCUCUGCCCCACCAAGUUGCUGUCGCUUUCCUCGACGGCGAAGACGCAACCGCCUACCUCCACGAACUGGUUCAGAGCAACCCUGGCGGCCCGCAGGUCGACGCGCGGCUCUACUGCCUUCCUCUCUCGACAAUUUGGGAGCAGCAGCGCCGUGUUCUGCUUGAUUCUCGCGGAACCUCUCAAAGCGAGGACGCGAGGGAGGAGAGCCGGUUCUCCCUACAGCGCCUUUUCUUCGACAGUGGAGAAGAAGAGGAAGAGAAGGCGAGAGAAAGAGAAGAAGCAGGCAAACAAGGCGCCCAGCCCCAGCUGCUCUGGCAAAUCGCGCCCUCGGCGAAACAGGUCCAGAACGCCCGGCGCCAUUCGCGUCUCAGCGGAUUCAGGGAGGAGGCGGAGAUCCCUCUCUUCUACGUAGAUGACCUCGUUGUGGAGAGAGACGGCGAUUCAGUUCUGCCUCUCUUCUUCUCUCUCGAAGAUCUUCAGAAGGCGUGGGACGACCAGCGAGAGAAGGAAGAAUUGGAGGAAAGAGAGAGGGAAAGACAGCAGAGGCCGCGCGUGGGACCCGGGGAAGACGACGUCAAACACAAAGAGGAGAGGGAAAGAGAGAAAAGGAGACAGCGACUGCGUCAAAAGCCUCCUGUCAAGGUCAUGAACCUUUUGAAGUUGCUUCUCGUCCAGGCAGUACAGCCCAACGGCGACAAGGUUGCAGCCGGCCGCUGGGGCUUCGUUCCCAGUUCGGCGUCUCUGGCGUUCCUUGAGAAAGAGAAGUCGCGCGGCGUCGCGCCUGCGCGCCUGCUUUUCAGCCCCGAUGACGCUGGGCAAGACUGA